UUAUCUAUUUUACAGACACCCGCGUUCAGUAUUCUGUUCAGUUCGCGUUGUAGCAGCCGUGUGGAAACAUGACGAGUCACGCUCUAGAUUCUAAUUGCAUAACGCUGACCAGGUUUUUCCUGGAGGAGCAGAAGAGAUUCAAACAGGCUACGGGGGAGCUAACGCAACUUCUCAACGCCAUCCAGACGGCCGUGAAAGUGGUCAGUAGCGCCGUGAGGAAAGCCGGCAUCACGCAAUUAUUUGGAACCGUGGGAGAAACAAAUGUACAGGGCGAAGAAGUAAAAAAACUAGAUGUUUUGGCCAAUGAAUUAUUUAUUAAUAUGCUCCAGUCAUCAUAUACUGUAGCUCUUCUAAUUUCAGAAGAAAACGAAACUGUCAUAGAGAUAGAACUUGAUAACAGAGGCAAGUACAUAGUGGCCUUUGACCCCUUGGACGGCUCCUCUAACAUAGACUGUCUCGUAUCCAUCGGUUCCAUCUUCGCCAUCCUGAAAAAGGAGGACAACACCAUACCUAGCCUUAAAGAUGCUCUUCAACCAGGAAGGAACGUAGUGGCUGCUGGAUACGCACUGUACGGAAGCGCCACCAUGAUGGUCAUCUCCACGGGAAAUGGCGUCCACGGCUUUAUGUUAGACCCAAGUGUCGGGGAGUUCAUUCUCACAGAUAAGAACAUGACUGUACCAAAUAGAGGCAAAAUCUAUGCUAUAAACGAAGGUUAUAGUUACAUGUGGGAUGAUGCCGUGAAGGAAUAUGUACAGAAUAAGAAGGAUCCGGCUAAAGGCAAGCCGUACAAUGCUAGGUAUGUGGGAUCGAUGGUUGCUGAUGUUCACAGGACGAUUAAGUAUGGGGGUAUCUUUAUUUAUCCCGCCACCACUGCAUCCCCAAAUGGAAAGUUACGUCUGUUAUACGAAUGCAUUCCGAUGGCCUUCUUGGUCACCCAGGCUGGAGGUCUCGCUAGUAACGGAAAGAUACCCAUUUUGGACAUACAACCCACUAGCCUCCACGAGAGAUCUCCGAUUUAUUUGGGAUCUAAGGAGGACGUCGAAGAAGUGCUCGAAAUCAUCAAGAAACAUCAAAAAGAAUGAUAAAAUUCCCACUUUAUUUAGAUUUUAAAAUGUAAGUGUUUAUAAAAGACUGUUUAAGAAGUAUAAUAAUUAUUUUAAAGAAAAAAUCGAUCACCAAUAUCAGUUAAUGUGUAAAAUAUGAUUGGUUUUAUUUUUGUUAUUGGAAUUUGAUAACCUUUUCUAUCACAACAACAUACAUUAUAUCUGAUAAAAGUUGGUAGUUAAUUUUCCACGAUUAUAGGAUUAAACGAAACUACUGAUCCUUUAGGAAUAAAAAAAUUUAUAAAUUUAUUAUAAUAAUUCUGUUAUCUUUAUUUACUU